AUGGUAGAGGGCCUUGGCUUCUACUUGCUGCCCAAUGACACCGAGCACGAGAUUGAGUUCUUCGAUAAAGCAGAUCCCCGCUCGAAACCCCCUCUUAAUAGAGGUCAAAUAAAGCGUCGACUCAGUUACUUCAACUUCAACACAGGGACAAACCUACGGCAUUACCCUAAACUUUACGCCCAGUAUGCACUUCGAUUCAGCCACGCGCCGAACAAUGUCUUCGAGCAUACUUUUGUGGUGAGUGAAUCUGAGGGAACUAUCGAGACCGUUAUUAGCAUUUCAUGUGACUCUCGAAACGUUGUCUUAGGUAUCAAGGUCUGUAUUCGCGAACGGUCGAUCUCGUAG